AUGUGGGAUCGAGAAAGAAAAAGCUGGAUCGUCGUCUUCCUAGGGAACGUCCUGUUGAAUACCGUGAUCGCUUCCCCGAUCUACGUCCCACAAUUUAUUCCAGGAAGUAUAGGAAGGAAUAUCAGGCAUUUGCCAUGCGUGUCUAGAAGAACCGGCGAGACUGGCGUUUGCAUGUUUGCGUUCACGUGCGCGAAAGCGAAUGGCACCCAUCUAGGAACCUGCAUCGAUCGUUUCUAUUUCGGCAGUUGUUGCAAGAUAGACGAAGAACCUGAAAUAUUCCCUCAGGAUAACAGUAUCGACGAUGGACCACCGGCUAGGCCGUUCGUCACGACCUAUGGAUCUAUCGAGAGCAACGAUAUACCCGAGUACUUUUCAAGGCCGAAACCGAUCAACGAGAAGAAACCACCUGGAACGUAUUCGACCGAGGAGACAAUUACCACUACACAAAGUGUUGGCACGCAAUCAACCAUUGUAAAAGAAACGACAAAACUCGUAACUAAAAAGCCAGUAAUGACGAGCAUCGAAACGACUACGAAACCGGUUCGGUUGUCGACCUUUCAAACCGUGCAAAACUCAUCGAAGGGAGAUUCAUCGAGCACAAAAAGUCCGCCGAGAAUCACGAGCAGUACAGUACCAAUGGCGCAAAAACCUUCGAGCACGAUCAUGGAAAUAGCGACGACUACCACGAGCAAAUCAGCAUUGACCUCGUCGAUAACUCAAAGUUAUCCAACGACAUUGGAGGUCGUGACAAAGGCGCCGUCCACCCUGAUGCAAACGUUCACUCAAACGAUUAAACCCGUUACUAAAAAGCCGAUUAAUUCGUCCACGUCUUAUAAACCAAUACACUCGACUACCGUUCAUAGGCCGACGAAUGCAACCACAUCUAAACCCUUUCCACCGUCUACGACCGAACGAACGACCGAAUCGACAACGUCGAAAAUCGUAGCCACCACUACUCAGAGAAUAGUUCCGUUCACGAGGUUCCCACCGCGAAAUUCGACAACCGCGAGACCGAUUACUCACGCCACAACUAGAAAACCUAUUACCACCACUAAGAAACCAGUGACUGGCACCAGUACGAAGAGACCGACGAUUAGCACGAAGAAACCGAGCACGCAUACGAAGAGACCUUCCACUUCUCCAAAACCAUUCGUAAAUUCUACUUCAACCCCCGCAACGACCAAACCUCUUCUGACGUCCAUCAAGCAUCGGCCAACCUUGGCCACGAUCACCGAGGCCGUUUCUCUUUCGACGGAAGCAACUCCUUCUACAACAUCUGGCACGGAAGCCGUGACCGUUCAAAAAUUCACCACCAUCGCGACAACGAGGCCCACGCAAAAAGUCAAACCCACCACGGUCAAACCGACCACUUCGAAGCCAUUGACGACGAUUGCGAGGCCGAAACCAACCAAGAUCCCCGCGUCUACCUCGAAUCCGGUAUCCAAGCCGGUACACGCGACGACGACCACCGAGAAAACGGGACCUUUGUCGUCUGUCCUCGCCACUUCUGCCAUUACGAAACCUAGGCCGACGGUAGAGUCAAAACCCACGAAACCGUUCACCAAGCCCACAACCGAGCCUUCCUCGACCACGACAUCCCCGACUGUGCUUCUUGGUUCCACCGUAACGGAUACCGUAAGUUUCACGUCUUCGUUUUCUACCGACACGACCACCGACGCAACGUCGUCAUACGUGCCUUCGACGAAGCCGCCUAUCGUUAACCAAACCUUGGAGGAAACGUUUCACACCACCUAUUCGCCCGGACUCGUCACAUGGACGUCGAGCUCGGACGACACGACUACAAAGAUUCCAGAUAUAUUUUCGGCAACCACGCCACAAAUUGAUCAAACCGAAAGCGAUUGGACUCCGAUAACUACUCCAGAUGGUUGGAUUAUGAUUCAAUCGCCCACCACCAAAAAACCGCAAACGGUAGAAGAAACGACCGAUAAGCCUAUUCUCGAAUCCACGAUACAAUCCAUCAUGACUUCUGUUAAAUCACCGACAGAAGCUGAUACGGAGCAGGUGACAAAAACACCUACUAUCUUAACAACCUUAUCUACAAUUGCAAGCGUGACGAUAGAUACCGAACUUCCGGUACCGAUGGAAACCCUCAACAUGUCGGAUUAUAAGCAAGUGUGCGGAAGAAGAAUGUUUCCGGAAUCGCGAAUUGUCGGUGGUAUUCGUAGCUCAUUCGGAAAAUGGCCUUGGCAAAUCUCGUUACGACAAUGGAGAACAUCGACGUAUCUGCACAAAUGCGGUGCAGCUUUGCUCAACGAAAAUUGGGCCAUAACUGCAGCCCAUUGCGUCGAAAACGUACCACCUAGCGAUUUAUUGCUAAGGAUCGGCGAACACGAUCUUGCAAACGAAGACGAGCCUUAUGGGUAUCAAGAAAGAAGAGUUCAAAUCGUGGCCAGCCAUCCGCAAUUCGAUCCUCGCACCUUCGAAUACGAUCUUGCGUUGUUGAGAUUCUACGAACCUCUAUUACCAUUUCAACCGAACGUUCUUCCUAUUUGUUUACCCGAUGAUGACGAAACUUACGUUGGUCGUACUGCUUACGUCACUGGCUGGGGUCGACUUUAUGACGAGGGCCCAUUGCCAUCUACUCUGCAAGAAGUGGCGGUGCCAGUGAUCAAUAAUACAAUGUGCGAAGUUAUGUACAGAAACGCUGGAUACAUCGAGCAUAUUCCACACAUAUUCAUUUGUGCCGGUUGGAAAAAUGGAGGAUUUGAUUCGUGCGAGGGUGAUAGUGGAGGACCAAUGGUAAUUCGAAGAGCACGCGAUAAACGAUGGAUCCUUGCCGGAGUUAUCAGCUGGGGAAUUGGAUGUGCCGUGCCCAACCAACCAGGAGUUUAUACGCGUAUCUCCGAGUUUCGAGAGUGGAUAAAUCAAAUUCUUCAAUUCUGAGUUGAAGUUCUAUCCCUUUUGAAAUUGAUGCUCGGUGAAAACUGCGCGAGGGGACACGAAUUAGAAUUCGAUUCUAAUAGAAUUUCGAAAGAAAAAUAUAGGUUGAAUAUAGUGAGAAAAGUUUACGCAUGUACAUAAUAUAUUUUAUACAAAUUGCAUGCAAAUUUUAGUUUUUCUUAAGGAAAACUUUGCAUGUAAUGGAUAUUAAGAGAAAAAGAGGGACGAGAAAGAUACGAGGCGUUAUACGUACUCGCCUGUAAUAUAUUUUCCAUAAAAUUUUAUCAAACACGAAAUCAAAUGAUAAGACAUACGUUUUGUAUUACGCGAUAUCAUUACUAAUGGAGUAAUGGAUUUUGGAGUCGAUCGUAUCAAUGGUUUACUACUGUGUAUAUGUGCUACAUAAUUUCAAAUGCAAGAGAUUAUGCACGCAAAGUGAACAAGUAACGCCAUCUCUCAUUAUACAAUUAAAUCUCGAACAAUCUCGAUCGACAAAAUAGCGUUCUACGAUAUCAACAAAUAUUAUAUAAUUACGUGUUAUCGAUAAAAUUAUAUCAAUACUUUUGGAUUAUUUUAUUUUUGAUUCUCGUUAUUAUAUCGU